CGAGCGGUGCCCGGGCCCAGCCGCCGCCUCUGUGAUGGCGUCGCCACCCGGCGCGGCCUGGGAGUUCCAGCUGCCGCUGUGCCCCGGGGACCUGCUGCGCAGCGGAGGCUCCGCCUCGCCCCGCCUGUUGCCGCCCGCGCAGCUGUCCGGAGCCCUGGCCGCCUUCGGGGCCGCCUUCGGGGCGCAGGGCCCGCGGGCCGUGCUGCAGCACUUCGACGCCCUCUGCAGCCUGCUGCAUCACUUCCACACUGUGGAUGCUGCUAUCAAAGAGGAUGCCCUGGAUCUGAUGAAAAAAGUAGUGUCCUCUCACUAUAAUGACCUGCCUUCCAUCUUGGAUGAUCCUGGCCUGAGCUCCUCAGACUGCUUGGCUCACCGCAAUGCCCUUAAGAUGAACUGCUACGUGCUGACUCGUCUAGUGGAGGCUUUUGAAACAGAGUCUUUCAAACGUGACUCAGUGGAGCUGAGUCUUGGUGGAAGGAACAAGAAGGGUUGCGCUAAGCGCUCUGGAUUCUCAUGGGAGGAAGAGAGGCAGCCACUCAUACAGCUGCUGACAGAGCUGCUGCAACUGGAUCUCCGUCGACUGUGGAGUGGUUUGGUGGUAGAGGAGGAAUUUGUCAGCUUGAUGACUGGCAUCUGUUACCGCAUCCUGGAGAAUCCAACCAUCAACCACCAGAAGCAUCGGCCUACACGGGAGGCAGUGAUACAUUUGCUUGCUGUGACUCUGAUGCGUUAUGACCACAUGCUUAGUGCCACUCUGAAGAUCACACAGAUGCUACAGCACUUUGAACAUGUAGCCCCUUUGUUUGGAGGAGCUGUGAGCCUUUGGGCUACAGAGUAUGGCAUGAAGAGUAUAGUGGGUGAGCUGUUGAGAGAGAUUGGACAGAAGUGUCCACAGAAUCUGGCUCGGGAUGCUUCUGGAGCGAAGGGCUAUGCUGUCUUUCUCACAGAACUGGCUGAACAAAUCCCAGGCAUGGUGUUGUCCAACAUGAGUGUCCUGCUGCAUCACCUGGAUGGAGAGAAUUAUACAAUGCGAAAUGCCAUCUUGACAGCUAUGGCAGAGAUACUGCUCCAAGUACUGAAUGGAGACCAACUAGAGGAAGCUGUCAGGAGUACACGGGACCAGUUCCUGGAUAUGUUGCAGGCACACGUGUGUGACGUCCUUGGGCAUGUGCGCAGCCGUGUAUUGCAACUUUUCACACGGAUUGUCCAGCGCAAGGCCCUGCCAUUGACUCGAUUCCAGACAGUAGUGUGUCUGGCAGUUGGCCGUCUCCAAGACAAGUCAGUGAUGGUGGUGAAGAAUGCUGUCCAGCUGCUGGCUGCAUUUCUUUCCAACAACCCUUUCUCCUGCAAGAUAAGCUGUUCUGACUUGGCUGAGCCGCUCAAGAAGGAAAUGCAGAAGCUGCAUGAAAUGAGGGACAAACACAAGGCUGCAUCUGCAUUAGCAAUUACACCAGAGGAGGAGUGGGAAGCAAUGCAGCCAGAGCUCAAGGCCAUGGUGCAACAGCUCCUUCAUCCACUACAGGGAGAAGAGGAGAGAGAGGUGGCAGUAGAGGUUGAGGACACUGCACAGGAUACAGCAGAGCACAUUAUCCAGUUACUGAGGAAGCUAAAUUAUAAGGCUGCUGUUUGCCUUACACAGGAGGCUGUGAGCUGUUUCCAAGGAAUAGAGCCCUUCAUCAGCACUUCCGAGUUGAAGGAUGACAAGGAAGCCAUGAUCUUGGGCAUCUUGAAGGCACUCUACACAGGUUCCCACCUAAAAAACUGUGUCCCAAAGCCUUUGAAUGACAGUGAUAAUACUGAAAGUGAAGAUCUUGCAGUAGUGGAGCAGCUAGCAUCAGAAAUGGUCAAGCAGGAGAUGUUGGUGCAGUAUCUGCAAGAUGCCUACAACUUCUCUGUAAAAAUCAUGGAAGCCACGAGCAUGGUUAGCAGGAUGAUGUACGGAAACUCUGUGUCUGUUGUGCAAGAGGCCAUUGAGUUCUUUGUAACAGUCUCACAGUUUGGAGUCCCUCAGGCAGUGCUUGGAGUUCGCAGGAUGCUCCCUCUCAUAUGGUCAAAGGAGCUGAGCAUUAGAGAAGCUGUGCUGAGUGCCUAUAGGAGGCUCUACCUGAGCCCCAGCGGGGAUUCUGAGAGAGUUAGGGCCCAGAACCAGGUGCAAUCUCUCUCCCUCCUUAUGGUGGAUGCCUCACUUGGGACCAUUCAGUGCUUGGAGGAAAUAAUCAGCGAGUUUGUUCAGAAAGAUGAAAUAAAGCCAUCUGUGAUCCAGUUGCUUUGGGAGCAGUUCACAGAGAAAUCCCAGUGUUCAUCACUGGAGCGCCAGGCUGCUAUCAUGCUGCUGGGCAUGAUGGCAAGGGGAAAGCCAGAGAUCGUGGGCAGUAACUUGGAUGUUUUGGUGACAGUGGGGCUAGAUGAGAAGGUUCACAAAGACUAUGGCUUUGCCAAAGAAGUGUGCAAUGCUAUCUCCAAACUGGCUGGUUGCAACAAGGUUGCCAUCCUCAGCUCCAUGGUAGCUUUGGCCCGUCUAACUGCCUCCCUACAAGCACGAGCAGAGGAGCCAGCCCUGGAGAAGAGCCAAGCUCCCUUUCGACUGCCAGAGACUCACCUGCUGUUUGAAUGGCUGAGUGAUGCUGUGAGUGCAGGUUUUGACCAGCCAAGCACUCUUUGGCUCCCCUUCAUGGAAGCAGCAGUGAACCUCAUUUAUCAGCUAGCGGAAGGGCCUGAGGAGAUAUGUGCUCAAAUCCUGAAGGAUUGUAGCCAGAAGACUCUGGAUGGGCUGCUGGACCUCCCAGCAGAGCUAGAGGCUUCUCCAGGCAGCAUCCCUGGUGGCACCAAUGCUCUCCCUACCUUCCUGCUGACGCAUCUCAUUUCUCUGGUGGGACAUGUGGCAUUACAGCAGGUUGUGUAUUUGGAAGGGGCAGUGAGUGCAGAGCUACGCAGGCGUCGUGUCCUUCGGGAGGAACAGGAAGCCAAGAAACGUGCUGCCAGCAGCACCAAAGAGCAGAGUGCCAAGGACACAGGUAAUGAGACCACCAUGGAGGAGGAUCUGGGUCUUGUGGGAGCCUCAGCUGAUGACACUGAGGCAGAGCUCGUUCGUAAUAUCUGUGAGACAGAGCUGCUGGAUGAGAAACAGCUGUUCUCUACCUUUAUGCCACUGGUGCUCAAGAUCUGCAAUAACCCUCUGGUCUAUCGUGAUCCAGCUCUCUCAGCUGCUGCAGCACUGGCCCUUGGCAAAUUCUGUAUGAUUAGUGCUGAGUUCUGUGACUCUCAGUUGCGCCUCCUGUUUACCAUGCUGGAGAAGUCCUCUCUACCUGGUGUGAGAUCCAACCUCAUGAUUGUAGCAGGAGACCUGGCCAUCCGUUUUCCCAACCUGAUAGAGCCUUGGACCCCCCAUUUGUACGCCAGGCUGCGGGACCCCUGUCAUGAUGUGAGGCAGAUUGCAGGGCUUGUGAUGACUCACUUGAUCCUCAAAGACAUGGUGAAAGUGAAGGGACAGGUGAGCGAGAUGGCAACUCUGCUCAUUGACCCUGAGGAGGAGAUUGUGCGGCUGGCUCAGAAUUUCUUCAGUGAGCUCUCCAGCAAGGGUAAUGCUAUCUAUAACUUGCUCCCAGAUAUCAUCAGUCGCCUGUCAGACCCAGACUGUGGUGUAGAUGAGGAGUCAUUCCACACCAUUAUGAGGUACUUUUUUCACACCAUUAUGAGGCAUCUUUUCUCCUAUAUCACAAAAGACAAGCAAGCAGAGAGCCUGGUGGAAAAGUUGUGCCAGCGAUUUCGGACUGCCAAAACUGAGCGUCAGUUUCGGGACCUGUCUCACUGUCUUAUGUUGCUUCCACUCUCGGAUCGUGGCCUCCACAAGAUGCAAGAAAACUUUGAUUGCUUUGCUGACAAGCUGCAGGAUCCAGCUGUCUACAGAUGUUUCCGAGCUACAUUGAGCCGACUUCACAGGGGAGGUACCAAGCCUGAGACAAAGGUUCUGAUUGAAGAAUUAGAGCAGAAACUCCAUGCUUGCCAUAACCGUGGCCUAGAUUCCAUUGAGGCUCCAGGAGAGAUCCCAGGCCAGGAGAGUAGCCAGACACCUGUUCCAGGGCCAGCAAAGAAGAGACCAGUGGCUGGCUCCCAACGCCGCCAGCCACUGCGCGUAGCCAACAGAGAGGUAGACUCACCAUUCAUCACGCCACCGCCUCGCAUGACUAGACACCACCGGAAUGCCUCAAAACGCAAUCCAUCCCGGAGACCUGCUAUCACCGUCUCUAGUGAUGAAGAGAACAGUCUUGAGGAGGAUGAGCUUUCAGCAGAAUUGAAAGAGGAUGAAACCCCUACCAAGAAGACUCCCAUUUCUCGAGCUUCUGCCUGCCGUGCUCGAUGAUGGAGCCCUUUGCAGAUAUCUUUUACUAAUGAGAAAUAAAACUUUUUGUGGGAA